AAAGACAUUAAACAGUAAGGCAAAAGGUAGUCUUUCCCUUCAGGAGAUUUUUGUACAACUGAAUUAAAAAAUAAAAUUAAAAUGUCGAUUUGUCAGUGUGGUUAUGAAGACAUAUUCUUAGUUAAAGAAUUGAAUUCAACUGUAAGGCAAAGCAUCAAAAAUAUAAUUGAAAAGGAGGGAUUUACGUCAUACAAAGUGAAUGUAAAAGAUUUAUCAACCAACGGAGGAAAUUAUUUUGGAUUAUUACAAGCUGUGACGAUUUCGGGAAAAAAUGAAGACGGAAAAGAUCAAGAACUGAGACUAUUUCUUAAAAAUUUUCAGCCUUCCCAAAAAGAUUUUACAGUUUUUAAUGUUUCAAAGGCAUACCAAAGAGAAGGAUUCUUCUACAGAGAGUUGUUUAAAUUUUUUGAGAAAAUUGAAGAUAAAUACAACAUUCCAAAAGAAGAAAGACUAAAAAUUGUUAAGGGAUACAGCGAAACAAAUGAAGAGGUAAUUAUUUUGGAAGAUGUUUCUCAUUUGGGCUACAAAACAUUAGACAGAUUUGACGUAAUGUCCAUAAAAUUUGCAGAGUUGGCCAUCGAACAACUUGCCAAACUACAUGCAAUGUCUUUUAUUAUUCGAAAUGAAAACCCAAAAUACUUUGAAGAAAAUGUAAAAACUAUGAGUUCUUUAUAUCAGCUUGAUAACUUUGAAUUUGAAGUUUUCUUAAGAAAAUGCUUUAACAAAGCAAAGGAGACUUUAGAUGAAGACGCAAAAAUAAAACUGGAUAACUUUUUCCCAAAAAUGCUUAAAAAAUACUCGACAUACUUUGUCAUCUCACCAGAUGAAGCCGUUUGUGUGACACAUACAGAUUACAGGACGAACAAUGUAUUGGUUAAAGAAGUUGACGGACAGCCCUCUGAAGUUAUUCCUGUAGACUACCAGCUAGCAUGCUUUGCCAAUCCCGUCACGGACUUAAUGUACUUCAUUUUCUUAGGGAGUGACCGGGAAUUCCGUAAACAUCACUUGGAAGAUCUCAAGGAAUUCUACUAUAGUACUUUCGAAAAAUUUCUGAGCAAGUUCGAUAUCGCAGCCGAAAAGGUGUAUUCCAAAAAACAAUUCCAGCAAGACUUUAGUGACAAAUUGGAAUUUGGUUUGAUGUGUUUUUUAGUAUUUAUGCAAUUUAUUUUUGCGAACGAUGAUGACGUUCCACAGUUGGAAAAGGGCAUAGAUAGUUUGUCAAUGAAUAUGGAUGAGCGUUAUAAAGACAGAUUACAUGGUAUUAUUGAGGAAUUUAUACAGUGGGGGUAUUUGUAAAUAAACUUAGAUUAGAACUGCAAUGUGAAAAAUUAUAGAACCGUACGUACUCGGUUUGACUAGAGCGCAUAAAUAUAAAGCAAUGUUGUUGCAAAACUGUGCCUAUUUAAUCUAUACUUAUAAUAAAUCUGUAGAGAGGUCAAUUCUGUACAUGAAAUAUAUUUUCAAAAUAACUAUCAGGGGGUGAUAAGUGAUCGAUACUGAUGCCAAAAAUGCAAUCAGUAAUUUUUUUGUCUGUCUGUCUGUCUGUCCGUCUGUAUGUUCCUUAUAGAAACAAAAACUACUAGACGGAUUUUAACGAAAUUUGGCACAAUUAUUCUUCGUACUCCUGGGCAGGUUAUAGAAUACUUAGGAAUUCCCACGGGAACGGGAAUUAGCAGGAAAAUCCUUUUGUAUGAAAAAUCUAAACCGCUUAAGUUAGAUACUUGAAAUUUAGCAUGCAGGUACCUUAGUAAACUAAAAGCUUAGUUACAACAGGAUAUUGCAAAAUUCCUACGGGAUCGGGAGUUAGCGGGAAAAAAACAUUUGUAUGGAAAAAUCUAAACUGCUUAAGUUAGACGCUUGAAAUUUGGCAUGCAGGUAUCUUAGUAAACUUAAAGCUUAGUUACAACAGGAUAUUGCAAAAUUCCCACGGGAACGAGAGUUAGCGGGAAAAAACAUUUGUAUGAAAAAAUCUAAACCGCGUAAGAUAGAUGAAGGGGGUAAAACGGGAUCCACGCGUACGAAGUCGCGGGCGGCCGCUAGUUUAAAAUAAUUAAAUGCAAUUACAUAAGACGCCGCAGUAUUUAGCUUGACGCCCGUCGUAUUGACAUUGUAAUCAUUCAUUGUUUUAUUUUUAAACUAUGAUCAUAAAUAUAAUUACUCGUAUCUGUUUUCAA